AUGCCCGGCAGACCUCGGAAAUGGUCCAUCGUCGAACUCGGGGAGCAACAGCAGCAGCAGCAGCAGCAGCAGCAUCGUCGCCGCCGCCGCUCGACUCACGCACGGCACACCAAGCACAACGAACAGCAGAUCCCUUCCUUUGGCGGACAGCAAGAUGAAGCUCGAGACAGAGACACUCAGGCGAAUGACCAAAUGGUGACUUCUCUAUUCUCCCCCGAUGAAGGCUCCUCGAUAACAGCCGCGUCCUCCGGCGACUCGGUCGAUACCGUCUUGAGCGAUGCCAUCUUCGGCAACGGCGACGAUUUCGGCGCCCUACCGUUCCUCAACUUCGACAUGAGCGGGCAACUGGACGCGCUGCCUCUGGACUCGUUCCGGAGCUGUCUGAUCGGCGUCGAGCAUGAUAUGGAGCUGCCCUCACCCAGCAGCGCUAUUACUACCACCACCGCCGCCGCAGCAUCAACAUCAACAUCGGCAUCAGCAUUAAAAUUAGCAUCAGAAUCGGGACCGGCGGUGGCGGCGGCGGUUGGGCUGGAGCCAUCCUGCGACUGCGACUGCGCAAAGCAGGUGUUCGACGUGAUACGAUCGCUCAACACGCACGCCGUGUCGCACAACACGGUACGCACCCUCCGCCAGGGUGGCGACCUCUUCGACACGCUCUUGACGAGCCCCAAGUGCUACGACGUGUCGAGGCCCCCGCGCGUCACCCUGCAGAACGUCCUCCUCAUCGGCCGGCUCUGCCUCAAGGUCACGGCCGGGUACCAGCGCUACCUGCGCUGGCUCCGAGACUACUGCAGUGGCCUCGCCGAGGGCAACAUGUGCGGUGACACGGUCUAUCUCACGCUCGGCGGGGACGGGGGCGGAGAACCAGGCGGUAGCGACGCCGGCUCCAGCUCUGGUUCCCCGCUGCUGCUCGGCUUCCAGACGACCAGCAACGGGUUUUACGACGUCGUCACCCAAGGCCUCAAGAGCGACGCCAACCGGCUUGCCCGUCUCGGAGGACGGUUUGCCGAGAGACAGCGCCAGCGACACCUCAUCGGCCACAUGGCGUGUCCGGACCAGGACGGCCGCUGCUGGAAGGAGAGGGACUGCUACGCUGACCCCGACCCGUCGGAUGUCUGUCCCCAGAGCGCGGCGGCCAGGACGUUGAUUCCGUGCUACCGAAUCGUCGACGAGGUCAGGGCCAAGAUCCGGCAGUUUGAGGAUGCCUUGUCCUAG